AUGCCGAGUUUCAUUAAGACUCCUGAAGAUCAGACAGGGAUUUCAGGAGGGGUGGCGUCCUUCGUGUGCCAGGCGGUCGGAGAGCCCAAACCACGAAUCACCUGGAUGAAGAAGGGCAAGAAAGUCAGCUCUCAGCGCUUUGAGGUAAUAGAGUUUGAUGACGGCUCAGGCUCCGUGCUGCGGAUCCAGCCAUUACGGACACAUCGAGAUGAGGCUAUUUACGAGUGCACAGCUACCAACAGCGCUGGAGAAAUUAACACUAGUGCUAAACUCACUGUAUUGGAAGAGGACCAGAUUCCUCACGGCUUCCCCACCAUAGACAUGGGCCCGCAGCUGAAAGUGGUGGAGCGAACGCGCACCGCUACCAUGCUCUGUGCCGCCAGCGGGAACCCCGACCCGGAGAUCACCUGGUUCAAAGACUUCCUGCCUGUCGACAUUAACAGCAGCAAUGGACGAAUCAAGCAACUCCGUUCAGGGGCUCUGCAGAUCGAGAACAGCGAGGAAUCGGACCAGGGCAAGUAUGAGUGUGUGGCGGUGAACAGCGCAGGAACACGCUACUCCGCUCCUGCCAACCUCUACGUCAGAGACCAGCGGGAAGUCCGGCGAGUUCCGCCACGUUUCUCAAUCCCACCUACCAAUCACGAGGUGAUGCCGGGCGGCAGCGUGAACCUCACCUGCGUGGCGGUGGGCGCUCCCAUGCCCUAUGUGAAGUGGAUGAAGGGGGAACAGGAACUCACUAAAGAGGAGGAGAUGCCCAUUGGCAGAAAUGUGCUGGAGCUCACCAACAUCCGGCAGUCGGCUAACUACACCUGUGUGGCCAUAUCUUCCCUGGGCAUGAUCGACACCACGGCUCAGAUCACCGUCAAAGCUCUGCCCCGCCCUCCAACCUCUCUGAUCGUCACGGAAACCACCGCCACCAGUGUAACUCUAACAUGGGAUUCUGGCAACCCCGAACCCGUGUCCUACUAUGUGAUUCAGUACAGGGCCAAAGUCUCAGACAAUGGCUUCCAGGAAGUAGACGGAGUGGCGUCAACGCGCUACAGCAUCGGUGGCUUGAGCCCGUACUCUGAGUACGAAUUCCGCGUCAUGGCGGUCAAUAACAUCGGCCGCGGGCCGCCGAGCGGGACGGUAGAGACCCGGACCAGUGAACAGGCGCCCUCGUCUCCUCCGCUGCGCGUUCAGGCCCGGAUGCUGAGCGCCACGACCAUGCUGGUGCAGUGGGAACCUCCAGAGGAGCCCAACGGACAGAUACGAGGAUAUCGAGUGUACUACACGCCCGACAUGCACUUCCCGCUCAGCACAUGGCAGAAACACAACACAGAGGACAGCAGCCUGACCACUAUCUCCGGCCUGGUACCUGACAUCACGUAUGGCCUCCGCGUGCUGGCCUUCACCUCCGUGGGAGACGGGCCGCCCUCGGACAUACUGCAGGUUAAAACACAGCAAGGAGUGCCGGCGCAGCCCACUAAUUUUGAAGCAGAGGCAGAGCUCGACACCCGGAUCAUGCUGUCAUGGCUGUGGCCCGUCCAGGAUCAGAUCACCAAAUAUGAGCUCACAUACUGGGAGGCCGGCACUGACAACAAGCACCAUGUCAUCUUUAACCCAGCUGGUUCAUAUGCUGUUGAAAGCCUGAAGCCAGACACACUCUACAAGUUUACUCUAGCCGCACGCUCUGAGAUGGGACUCGGGGUGUACACACAGCCCAUAGAGGCUCGGACGGCCCAGUCCACCCCGUCCGCCCCCCCACAGGAAGUGCACCUGAUCAGUCUCAGCUCCACCAGCAUCAAGGUGAGUUGGGCGGCUCCUCCAGCCGCCAGUCGCCACGGCAACAUCGUCAGGUACUCUCUGGCCUAUCAGGCGGUGUCAGGCGAGGACCAGCAGCGUCACGAGGUCAAGGACAUCCCCGCGGAUGUGUCCAGCUACGUGCUGGAGGGGCUGGAGAAGUGGACGGAGUACGUGGUGUGGGUCAAAGCGCACACAGACGUGGGGCCCGGCCCAGAGAGCAGCAGCACCAGCGUCAGAACCAAAGAGGACGUGCCUGGCGCCCCUCCACGCAGGGUUGAGGUGGACAAUGUGAACUCCACGGCCCUGCGGGUGUCCUGGAAGCCUCCUCUGCAGCAGAAGCAGCACGGACAAAUCCGCGGCUACCAGGUGGUUUACUCACGGCUGGAGAACGGAGAGCCGCGCGGACAGCCCAUCAUACUGGACGUGGCCUUGCCCGAGGCACAGGAGGCCAUCAUCACCGGCCUGCUGCCUGAAACCACAUAUUCAGUGACUGUGGCGGCAUACACCACUAAGGGAGAUGGAGCACGCAGCAAAGCUAAAGUGGUGACCACAACAGGGGCCGUUCCUGGCAAGCCCACCAUGAUCAUUAGCACCACCAUCGGGAACACAGCUCUGAUCCAGUGGCAGCCGCCGAAAGAGAUGGUGGGCGAACUGAUGGGCUACAGACUGCGCUAUAAGCGUGAAGAGGAGGAGACUUACAGCACCCGUGACUUCAGACGCGCCGACGACCACUUCACCGUCACCGGCCUGCACAAGGGCGCCACCUACAUCUUCAAGCUCUGCGCCAAGAACCGCGCGGGAAACGGGGAGGAGUACAGUAAAGAGAUCAGCACCCCAGAAGACGUCCCCAGCAGUUACCCACAAAACCUCAGAGUGGUGGGCCUGACAACCACCACCACCAAACUGGCCUGGGACCCUCCGCCUCUGCCUGAGAGGAACGGGAGGAUCAUACGUUACGUGGUGGUGUACCGUGACAUCAACAGCCAUCAGAACCACACCAACGAUACCGCCGAGAUCCAAAUGACCAUCCAGGGUCUGCAGCCGGACACCACCUAUGACAUCAGAGUGAGGGCGUUCACGGGUAAAGGAGGGGGUCCGAUCAGCCCCAGCAUCCAGAGCAGAACCAUGUCUACAUCCAUGCCUGAGUUCACUAAAAACUUUGGUGUGAAAGCUGUGAUGAAGACCUCUGUCCUGCUCACGUGGGAGGUGCCAGAAACCUACAAGUCCCAAGUGCCUUUCAAGAUCCUGUAUAACCAGCAGAGCGUCGAGGUACAGGGCGACCUGAAGAGGAAGUUGAUCACGCGCCUGCAGCCGGACACGGAUUACUCCUUUGUGCUGAUGAGCCGUGGGAACAGCGCUGGCGGACUGCAGCAGCAGGUCUCCAUCCGCACCGCCCCGGACCUGUUCACCACCAAACCGGCCCUUCACAAACAAGACCCAGAGGAGGGCGGCAAACUCACCAUCACUCUGCCCAAAAUACACAACAGCGCCCUCGUCAGUUGGUUUUAUAUAGUGGUGGUGCCAGUUACUACAUCCACUCUACGCCGUUGGGAAAACCCGGAGGAUAUGGAUCUGGAUGAGCUUUUGGGGAGUAAUGGAGACUCAGGUGUGAGGAAGAGAAGGAGGAGACAAACUCAGGACUUCCUGCGACCUUACAUCGCUGCCAAGCUGGAGUUUCUUCCAGAAACCUUCGUGUUAGGAGACGAGAAAACCUACAACGGCUUCUAUAACAAACCUCUACCUGGACAGCAGCAGUAUCGCACAUUUAUACUGGCGGCACUGAAAGACCGGGACUCGAUGUUCACGGUGAGCCCUUACUCUGAUCCCAUGAUGGUGAAGCUCCACAGCGGGAUGUCCCAUCACGUUGAGGACCCAGAGAUGCUGUGGGUGAUGGGACCAGUGCUGGCCGUCGUCCUCAUCAUCAUCAUCGUCAUCACCAUCCUGCUCUUCAAGAGCAAACAGGAGAGGAAGCGGUCCUCUCCCUCGGCUAAAGAUGAGCAUUCGGCUGGAGUUAAAGAUCACUUACUGGCCCACUCCUCUGACCCGGUGGAAAUGAGGAGGCUCAACUACCAAACACAAGGAAUGCGGGAACACCCUCCAAUUUCUGUCUGUGCUUUGGCUGACCACAUCGAGCAGCUGAAAGCCAACGACGGCCUACACUUCUCACAGGAAUAUGAGUCUAUUGACCCUGGUCAGCAGUUCACCUGGGAAAACUCCAACCUAGAGGUCAACAAGCCCAAGAACCGCUAUGCAAACGUCAUCGCUUACGAUCACUCCAGAGUCGUGCUGAUCCCCACUGAUGGUGUACCGGGGAGCGACUACAUUAAUGGAAACUACAUUGACGGCUACCGCAAGCAGAACGCUUACAUGGCCACUCAGGGUCCUCUGCCCGAGACGUUCAGUGAAUUCUGGAGGAUGGUGUGGGAGCAAAGGGCCAGCACUAUCGUCAUGAUGACCAGACUGGAGGAGAAGAGCAGGGUGAAGUGUGAUCAGUACUGGCCGAGCCGUGGAACAGAGACAUACGGCAUGAUUCAGGUGUCCAUGCUGGAUACGGUGGAGUUAGCCACCUACAGCGUCAGGACCUUCGCUCUCUAUAAGAAUGGGUCCAGUGAGAAACGGGAAGUUCGGCAGUUCCAGUUCAUGGCCUGGCCGGAUCACGGUGUUCCCGAAUACCCCACACCAAUUUUAACCUUUCUACGCAGGGUCAAGGCCUGCAACCCACCUGACGCCGGACCCAUGGUGGUGCACUGCAGCGCUGGCGUGGGUCGGACAGGCUGUUUUAUCGUAAUCGAGGCCAUGCUGGAGCGGAUGAAGCACGAGAAGUCGGUGGAUAUCUACGGUCACGUGACCUGCAUGCGCUCUCAGAGGAACUACAUGGUGCAGACAGAAGAUCAGUAUAUCUUCAUCCACGAGGCCCUGCUGGAGGCUGCCACCUGCGGGAACACAGAGGUCCCGGCGCGGAGCCUGUACACACACAUCCAGAAACUCACGCAGGUGUCGCCCGGAGACACCGUCACUGCCAUGGAACUGGAGUUUAAGAAACUGGCCAACUCCAAAGCACACACCUCUAGAUUCAUCAGCGCUAGUCUGCCUUGCAACAAAUUCAAGAACCGACUGGUCAACAUCAUGCCUUUCGAGUCCAGCCGUGUGUGUCUGCAGCCAAUCAGAGGGGUGGAGGGGUCCGACUACAUUAACGCCAGCUUCAUCGAUGGAUACAGGCAGCAGAAGGCGUAUAUCGCCACACAAGGUCCUCUCUCUGAAACCACGGAGGACUUCUGGAGGAUGCUUUGGGAGCACAACUCCACCAUCGUGGUGAUGCUGACGAAGCUCAGAGAGAUGGGACGGGAGAAGUGUCAUCAGUACUGGCCUGCAGAGAGAUCCGCACGCUAUCAGUACUUCGUCGUGGACCCCAUGGCUGAAUACAACAUGCCGCAGUACAUCCUACGGGAGUUUAAAGUCACAGAUGCCAGGGAUGGCCAGUCUAGGACGAUCCGCCAGUUUCAGUUCACCGAUUGGCCAGAACAAGGCGUGCCAAAGACAGGAGAGGGCUUUAUUGAUUUCAUUGGCCAAGUCCACAAAACCAAGGAGCAGUUUGGACAGGACGGACCAAUUACUGUUCACUGCAGUGCUGGUGUGGGCAGAACAGGGGUCUUCAUCACUUUAAGUAUUGUUCUGGAGCGGAUGAGGUAUGAAGGGGUGGUGGACAUGUUCCAGACCAUAAAAACGCUCCGCACGCAGAGACCUGCCAUGGUACAGACCGAGGACCAGUACCAGCUGUGCUACAGAGCAGCUCUGGAGUACCUAGGCAGCUUCGAUCACUAUGCAACAUAACCACUCCCAGAAUGCCUCAGAACGGAGAGCCGCCACUUGUUUCUGAGCCUUAAUCAUCCUACCUAUUCAGUCACCAUUGCUGGAGGGAGAGAGAGAGACUGACAAACAGACAGAGAGAAACGGCAAAUCAGAAGAGAGGAGAAAUCACUGGAACUUCAGCGCAAUCCUGUUCCUCUUCU